CACGUACAGGCGUCCCUUAUUAUACGGGCUAGCCUUGUUCCCAUCGCUUCCGCGGAGAGAUUGAGAGUCACAGUACUACGUGCUAAUAAACCUGAAACGCGCAGCAGAGGUAUAUACGUGGUGGUGGUCCCUCUUUCACAAGGCUGAACGAAGCCCGUAUUACAAGAGGCAAUGACAUCCCCCCCCUGUAGUGAAGAUGGAGUUUGCAGUGCGAAUGACGUGUUCCACUUGUGAGGAAGAUGUCGGAAAAGCCCUACGUGGAGUGGGAGGGGUACGGAGUGUGUAUACUGAUGCUGAGAAUGAUCUCGUGUUAGUGGAAACCAAUCUUCCUGCAGCCCAUGUUCAAGAUUUGCUUGAAGCUACAGGGAAGCUCGUCCUGUUUCGUGGCUUUGGAAGCGCUGUUGAUAGUGUGACUUCUUCAGCAGCUGUGGCUAUCUUCAGAAAAAAUGAAGUGAAAGGGUUGGCUCGAUUUCUACAGGUCGAUGAUGAAAGUUUUGUUGUAGAUGGCACAAUAGAUGGGUUACAACCAGGAAAGUACAAUGUAAGAGUGCGGCAGUUUGGAGACCUAUCACGGGGGUUUUUGAGUUGUGGAGAUGUGUUUAGCACCAGUGGAGCAGGGCCUGCAGAGGGGGAGUUAGGACUUGUACAUGUGGACAAUACUGGGAGGGCUCAAUUUCUCUAUAAAUCUGAGAAAAUGAAAGUUAACGACCUCAUUGGCCGCUCACUUUCUAUUGACAAAGGGGAAGUUUUUGCUUGUGCUAUAAUUGCAAGAUCAUCUGGAAUUUUCCAGAACAAAAAGAGAUUCUGCACAUGUGAUGGAGUAUCUCAAUGGGAUGAAGCUGCUAGAAUGAAACUGUAGUACAAAUAGUUGUGCACUAGUGUAUGCUACCAUACAUCAAAGGAUAGGCCUAGCCCUGGCUUUGUACAUCAUUGUCUGUGUGAUCUGUGGAGAGUAUAAAAAUCGUUUCAUCCUUGCUUGAACUUCGUUUAGUUUUGCAAUUUCCUUCUUUACCACCCUUUCCAACAAGGGUUUGAAAUUCUUGUAUGCACAUGAGUAAACGAAACGACAAACCAACAAUG